AUGGACGUGACUUCAGAUAUUGGUUGGUCACGACAGUUAUGUGCGGGUGUUGGUCAUGACUGUCAUGUGUGGGUUGCGAAAGACUGGCAUUAUGGAAGUGACUUUAGAUAUUGGUUUAUAAGAACGAUUCAACAUCCCUAUACGAA